CGGUCCAGACUCGGGAACUUGCGGAGUUUCCUGGGCUUCUGCGCAGCUGUUCCCGGUCGUCGUGGAAACCGAUCAGCCAAUCAGAGUGUGUGGCCCUCCUGGCUGACGCGGCGGGCAUCUCGGCGCGCUUUGGCGGUGGGCUUCCGCGGCUCUCGGUAACGGGCAGCGAUGCUGAAGGCCAAGAUUCUCUUCGUGGGGCCCUGCGAGAGUGGCAAAACAGUGUUGGCCAACUUUCUGACUGAAUCUUCAGACAUCACUGAAUACAACCCAACACAAGGUGUGAGGAUCCUAGAGUUUGAGAACCCACAUGUCACCAGCAACAACAAAGGCACAGGCUGUGAAUUUGAGCUCUGGGAUUGUGGUGGUGACUCUAAGCCUCAUUUCCCCUGUGGAGCUCCCCCCUUGAACAAGCUGAAGCUGGUGCACUCGAACCUGGAGGAAGACCCCGAGGAGGUCCGGGUGGAAUUCAUCAAGUAUUUAAAAAGCAUCAUCAGCUCCUUGUCGGAGAGCAGAGACCGGGAGGAGAUGCUCAUCAUCACCUAGUGUCCCCGUGCAGCCGCCUCUCCCCUGCCGCUGGCAUCCCACCCGGCUGCCGCCUCCCCCC